AUGCAGGACAUCGGCCUCCACUGGAAUCAGAAAAAGUGCUCAGUGGUACUCGUGAAGAGGGGAGCCCAAGUGCUAGACGAGUCUGGUAUGAGGAUGGACGAGACAACUACCAUCACGGCUCUUGGGGAAGGAAAACACUACAAAUUCCUGGGGGUGCUAGAGAACGUUCGACAGGAUGAACGGCUGGCCCUAGCUUGCGCGGCUAAAGAGUAUCUACGCAGGAUAUCUAUUAUAUGGUCCAGCCCCCUGUCUGAUUGUAACCGUGUGCAGGCAUCUAAUCAGUAUGCACUCCCGGUCCUGCGGUACCUAAUGUGGACACAGCAUUGGCCUCUAUCAGAGUUAAGAGAUGUGGACAGAGCAGCUCGGAAGAUCAUAGUUGAGAACGGUGGCAAGCACCCAGCUAGCCUGGCUUCUUUGUUAUAUCUACCGAGGGAGAAACGGGGUGUAGGCCUGCGAUCAGUCGAACACGAGUACAAGAUCACUAAAAUCAAAUCGCUACUGAAAUUGUGUCAGAACCCGGACCAGACUGUGGAAGCAGUUAGAGAAUUUGAAGAACACGCCAUGGCAUCAGGCCACCAGUCGCUCGUAAAGGAAGCAGCUAAGUACGCUGAAGAACUCAACAUCACACUUCAGCUUGAUACCCUAAAUCCCGUGUGUGUUACAACAAAAGGAAAGGUGGUAACUGCAGCAACAGCUGGGAAUCUGUUGAAGCAAUCUCAAGAGAAGCAGUUCUUGGAGAUCGCUAAAGACAAAAAGUGGCAAGGAAAGUUAUUCCGUAUCAGAUGGGAAGAUGAGAGCCUAAGCAUAACCAGCUGCUUUGCAUGGUUAAAAGGUUGGGCUACAUGCCCUACACAUACCAUCGCGGGCAUGUAUGAAUUGUAUGAGCAGUUGUUACCUACGAAGCUCUACACAAAGGAGAAGACGCAAACCUCCACCGACGGCGAAGUUCUAUGCAGGUUAUGUGGGAAGGUAGCUGAGAGCGUUGCACAUGUACUGGCUGGAUGUUCCUCGUUGGCACAAACCAAGUACCUAUACAGGCAUAAUGCAGCUUUGAAGAUUCUGCUUUUUGAGCUCCUGCGAGAGCGUGGGUUAAUGGAAGAGGUUCCACCAUGGUACUCACCAGUGAUGCCAAAACCAGCUUACCAGAACACCACGAGUGAGGCGUUUUGGGAUAUUCCCAUCUAUGCAGAGCACAACGAAGUUAGAGCAAAUCGGAUCGACGCGCGACUUGUCAACCACGAGAGGAAAGAAGUCUGCACAAUUGAAAUGAGCUGCCCAUGGAUUGAGAGUAGAGCUAAGAAAGAUGAGGAAAAGACACUCAAGUAUGGGCCCAUGAUGUGGGAGCUGACGCAGAGAUACAUUGGUUACAGGGUUGAACAGAACUACGUAAUAAUUGACGUACUGGGGGGUUACUCUAAACACCUAGAGAAGUCGGUGAGGAAGCUACUUGGAGCGAGAGCACGGAGCGUACUUGAGCGGAUGCAGAAGUCGGUCAAACACUUUAAACAUUGCCAGAACAUUUAA